UCCACAGCCAUUUAUUGGCCAAGUAUGCGAAAUGCCAGGAUUCAGCAGACGUCGUCAGAGUGCAAAAUGAAUGGUUGGAGCAGAUUGCAAAUGAACAUAAAGUUGCUCGGGAAGUGAAUGAAGGUAAAUUUUCAUUUUGACCCAUAGAAUCCAUGUCAAGCAUGAGCUAAUGGACUAUAUCAACUUAGAUGACGACGAUGAUUUGUUGGUUGCAAACACAAAUCAUUCUGGCGCUUACGGUGGCUAUAGCGACGAUGACGAGACAUCCGAAGAAGAAGAGGAAGAAGAAGAUGAGGACAGCGAAGAAGCAGACGAUGAAGAAGAGGAGGAGGAGGACGGCGACGAUGAAGACGAUGAAUUACGAGGAACUGUUGACAAACUGGGCAAUACCCACAUCUAACCCACUACUAUCUCAUGGCAUUCAACUCUUUUUGCUUCUCUGAUCACUCCAAAACACAAUUUACAUGCGCAGUGUACAUAGAAUAUGGAUUUGCUUGUGGUUUCAUUGUACCUUUGAGAUACAAGCUGUAAAGAUAUAUACAAUGUAUUUUUUUUUCUUUCUGUUUCUGAGUCAUUCACAGAAUCGACUAGACUAUAAAUUUACUGAUAAAGACAUCUAUCGAACGAAGUAAGCAGAAAACCC